AGGAGGGCCACAGAGUUCCCUAUGCCUGUCUUAGAUGGUUCUUUUUCAUUCCUCCCAAGCUACAGUCCGGCUCCUCAAAUGCCUGUUAACAUCACUUGGGAGUUAAGUUGAAUGAAGGAAUGAGUAAUAGUUCCACGUAUUUCCUGAACUACAUACCAGCUCUUUCUGGUUUUGGCCUCCCCCCUCCUUUUCAAAAUAAAGGAGAUAACUAGCCACCUGCGGAUUGGUGCUUAUCUACAGCUCUCUUAUCAGGGAAGAAGUCAAACAUGCCAGCUGCUUACCUCACUUGAUGGCAACCUGCAUAAUUUUAAGUCAUGCUCCUGGAGGGAGGAAAGAGUUAAUAUCCUGAGGCACUCAGGAGUGUUCAGGUGUGACUGUUCUUUCAUUUCUUGACUGUGCAGUUGCAGUGCAAACACCUUAGAAAGUAGCAGCUGUUGGAAUCAGAGAAACUGCUCUGUUCCGGAGAGACUAGAAAAUGGCUGACCCCAAAUCAAGUUGCCCUGAAGAGCUGUUUCAAGAAUUGGCCCUCCGAGACUCCAUUCCUGUGGCAAAUGGAUCACAGUUCUGUGAGGAAGAGUGUGAGAGUGUAGGACUGAAAAAUGAAGUGGAACUUUUCUCAGACCCAGAAAGAAAAGACAUUCCCAGCAGCAAUGGAGUAAACUUGAGAGACAAUCUGACUGAAAAUGGAUCUAAAGAGGAGCUACCAGGCUCUAUUGGGGAAGGGGAUGCAGUAGAGGAAGAAGAGGUCCUUUGUGACUUCUGCUUGGCUGAGAAGGUGCCAGCAGUGAAGUCUUGCUUAACCUGCAUGGUAAGCUAUUGCCAAGACCAUUUGCAGCCCCACCUGGAGAAUGCCAAACUACAGACCCACAAGCUUAUGGAUCCACUGAAGGACAUUGACAUGCAGAGCUGUGAGGCCCACAAGAGGCAUCUCAGUUUGUUCUGCCACAGUGACCUUGUGUGUGUCUGUGAGGAAUGCCUUGCUGAUGGACACCAGGGACAUAAGGUUAUUACCUGUGGAAUAGCCAGGAAAGAAAAGGAGUAUGAACUUCAUCAGCUCCGAGCAGAAUAUGAGUGGAAGCUGAAGUCGGCAGAAAAUGCAAUUGUUAAGCUGCAAAAGAACUCUGAGUCUAUAGUGAGUUCAGUAUCUGAAGUGAAAAUCUUGGUGGAAGAAAAGUUUGAGGAGCUGCUCCAAGCAGUGAAGAAGACUCACUCUGCUGUACUAGCUUUCCUGGAGGAGAAGGAGCGUGGUGCAGUUAAUCAUGCUAAUGGAAUAAAGAUCCACCUCGAGCACAAGCGAGUGGUGAUGGAGGAAUGCAAAAGCAGGCUGGAGAAGAUGGUCACACACAGCAGUGACAUCAUCUUCCUAAAGGAAUACUGUGAAUUCAAGAAAAGUGAAGGAGAUGACACAUUGCCCAGUGUCUACAUUGGCCUAAAAGACAAAUUGUCAGGCAUUCGAAGGGUAGUCUCGAAGUCUACUGAACAUCUUUUACAACUUUUAAAAACUUUGUAUAAGGAAAAGUUGCAGGAGUUUGCCAAGGAUGAGGAUGCUGGCAUCAAAACAAUGGUGUCUGCAGUUGUUCCAUCCAAGCACCGCCUAUCAGCCCCAGAGCCAAAAAGCAGGAGUGACUUUUUCAAAUAUACUUGCCCAUUAACAUUUGAUCCGGUUACUGCUCACCGCUAUUUGAGGCUCUUGGAAGACAACCACAGAGUCACCAACACCACACCAUGGGAGCACCCAUACCCAGAUCACCCAGAGAGGUUUGAGCAUUGGCGUCAGGUGCUGUCGGGCAAAAGCUUAUACAUUGGCCGCUACUACUUUGAGGUUGAGAUAUUUGGGACUGGUAUUUACAUUGGCAUGACGAACAAGAGCAUUGACCGGAAAGGAUCAGAAAGCAACACUUGCAUCUCGGGGAAUAACUUCUCCUGGUGUAUUCAGUGGAAUGGCAAGGAGUUCUCAGCUUGGCACAGUGAUGUAGAGACACCAUUGAAAACCCAGGGAUUUACCAGGAUAGGAGUUUACCUGGAUUACCCCAGGGGCACCCUCUCCUUUUAUGGCAUUGCUUCUGAUGCCAUGACUCUCUUGCAUAAAUUUGAGUGCAAGUUCACUGAACCUCUCUACCCAGCUUUCUGGCUGUCAAAGAAGGAAAGCAGUGUGCGGAUUGUCAAGUUGCGAGAAGAGGCUGAGCAGAAUCUGGCACCCGUUUCUGCUCCCUUGGAAAAAGCAGUUUCUUUUGGCAUCUGAGAGCAAAGUAGUGGCAAGUACUGUAUAAAAACUACCGAGUCAGGAUAGAGGCAUUGAUUAAGUGAUGUGAUCGUGGGCACUACUCACUCAGGUGUGGACUAUUUCUACAAAUAUAUCCCUGAAUUAAUUUUAAAAGAGCAAAGGCAGCUAAGAAAAGAAUAUCAAAAAUCCACAUUAGGGCUAUACUUUUCUUUGGCCAGCCAACAUGUCGGAAAAUUGGGUGAAUUGAAUUAUUAUUCAUUACAUAUUUAUAUUUUUGGUUGCUUACUAGUCAAUUAAAUAUCUCCUCCAAAUUGAGAAAUAAAGCUGGGGGGAGGUUUUGCAAGGGCAUGCUGCUUACUUUGUGGGGAACUGAUGCAGCUUUAAAGACUAGCACUGAUUAUUUGGGGGCUUGCCUGCUCCCCACUGCUGAACUGAUACAAUUAUAAAGAAGCAUUUUUUUAAAAAAAAUGGCAAGUCUCCAGUUUUCUUGUCACAUGGCCUAGAUGAGCAUUGUAGCAUUAGAGCUGUUCAGCUUUUGAAAACAAUUAUUCUUCCUUAGGAAAGGAAAUUGUGGGAGUAUUGUCUUAGCUGGAAUGCAUAACUUAGCUCAGGUUGAAUAAUUUUUUGUUUAUUUUCACAUUUUGUUUUUGAUUUUUUAAUUUUGAUAUUGUAUUAAUAUUUGAUUUUUGCAUACACUGUACUGGCAUCUAUGGUGUGGAUCUUCAAAAUAAAUAAAUAAAUAUUACCGUGACUAAAAUGAGGCUGGAUAACCUGGGCCAGAUGAAAUUGUUUCAGGGGCUAGACCUGGUUUGUGGGCCACUAGUUGCCCAUUCCUGGAUGCAAAGCAGAUCAUCAUUGAUUGUUUGUGUAAAUACUAACAGUCUUGUACCUGACAUUGCUUGGGAAUCCUAAGAAACCAAACAAUCUGUGCAGUUUUGUAAUCAUUGGUUAAAAUCAGCGCAGUUUGAAAGGGUCAGUCUUCCAUUUGAUUCAAAAUGGCAUCCAAUUGUAUGCAACCAUAGACAAAAACUUGCCUCUUGAUCUUAGGAGCCACCAUGCAAAACUUGGUAACGAUAUCUUAAAAGGUGUCCAGUGCAGAAGAAACAGUCAAACAACUUUCAAAAAUAUAUACUAUGUACCAGGUGCUUGCAAAAAUGAAAUGAGCAGGGGCCCUGCCUACAGAUUCACAAUAUGUGGCAAGUACCAAGACUCUUGAUUGAGGACAGAACCAGUGAAUGGGUCAUGUGAACUCGGAUGUGGACCAUUCUGGCCAAGGAUGCUGCCAUGGGCUCCUUUGGGAAGCAGGGCCGCAUACAAAUUUAAUCAAUCAAUCAAUCAGUAAUGGAAUGAAUUGUUCAUUAUAUAUUUAUAGCUUCAGUUGCUUACCAGCUUUUUAAACAUCACCUCUAAACUGAGAAACAAAGCAACAAGUGAUCAACACUUCCCUUUAAGUGAUGGCAUUGGAAGGAUUAUAUUUUUCCACAGAACUGCUUUCUUUCUGAGGGAAGUGCACUAAAAAUAACAUUUUAUUUGAUUUUAACUUUGCUAACUUCCAAAUUCUGGAAUGGAGGAGAAUUGUCUGAUGACAAAACUUUUUUCUCUCCAAUGCAAGUGCAAAUGCAAACUGCUCAGGCACAAAGAAGAGUCUCCCACCUUCUCCCACUGUACAAGUUCUCCAGUGUUCUCUGUUCUAGUCAAAGACUGAGUCGCUGAACUGACUUCUGCUACUUCUGCCGCAUGGUGAUGACGCUUGGGGAUUUUGGAACAAUCCGUCCCAUUCUUUCCUUCUGAAGUAUUUUAACAUUGCUUAUCUUUGCUGGGUAUCUGUGGUUCCUGGGCAAAGCAGAUAGUUCAAACUUUAUCUGAAAUGGAUGUUGUAAAGAUAAAGAAGAAUCAGGU